CAAGGGACCAUGUUUUGGCAAGAACAUUUCGGACGUUUGGUGAAGGCCAAGGCUACUUCCUCUGUCAGUGGUUCCCUGGUCUCUAUCAACAUGUCUGCUAUUGUUGGAGCAGAAAUGGAUCCACAGAUCUGAUUGGUCCAUGUAGCUGUUAAAAGAUGGAUUUCCCUCAAGACGGAGAGGAUGUUGUCGGUGGAAAUCAGACAGGCAGAGCAGCAUGUGCUGUGUCCAGCCACGUGUCCCUGAAGAAUGAGCCUGUUACUGAUGGGCAUCGGGGGGUCAGCACAGGAAGAGUGCUCUCUUAUCCAAGCCCACAGUCACACAGACCAGUAUCUCCAGUGCCCAGCUGUGUGUCCAUGAAGAGUGACUGGUCCAUGGAACACCCUCCAACUUUCAGCAGUGGACCACAGUCUGAUCCAAACCCACAGACACACAGACCAGUCUCUCCAGUGCCCAGCUGUGUGUCCAUGAAGAGUGACUGGUCCAUGGAACACCCUCCGACUUUCAGCUGUGGACCACUGCGGUCUGAUCUAAACCCACAGACACACAGACCAGUGUCUCCAGUGCCCAGCUGUGUGUCCAUGAAGAGUGACUGGUCCAUGGAACACCCUCCGACUUUCAGCAGUGGACCACAGUCUGAUCUAAAGAACAUCCUGACCCAGGAUCAGUUCAGGUGUGGAGUGUGUAAGCAGCUACUGAGGGACCCAGUCAUCACCAGCUGUGGACACAGUUUCUGCAGGCAGUGCAUCAGCAGCUACUGGAGCCAGUCUGGUCCAUCAGGAGACUAUAGCUGCCCCCAGUGCAGAAGGAGACCCAGGACACAACCCAUUAUAAACCCUGACACAACUAUGGCACAAUCAUUAUUGUACUCGUCAACAACCAUGACACAAUCUCACCUAUACCCACCUACAGCCAUGACGCAACCUCACCUAUACCCAUCUAAAGCCAUGGCACAACCUCACCUAUACCCAUCUACAGCCAUGGCACAACCUCGCCCAUACCCAUCUAUAGCCAUGGCACAGUCUCACCUAUACCCACCUACAGCCAUGGCACAGUCUCACCUAUACCCAUCUACAACCAUGACACAACCUCACCUAUACCCAUCUACAGCCAUGGCACCACCUCACCUAUACCCAUCUACAGCCAUGGCACAACCUUCGUCAUACCAACACAGUGAAAUGGCACUUCAUCUGAACCCAUCUGCAAACAUGGCACAAGUUCCUCCAUUCCCACACACAGGGCAGCGUCCUCAGUACUCAAAAGCCAAAGCCAUGGGGCAGCAUGAUCAUUAUACACACAUCCAGCCCCCUCUUUAUCCACACAUCCACACGGCACAGAUCUCUUCUCAGCCUCCUUUAGAUGAGCACACAGUCAUGACAGGCAGCACUCAUCUGCAAACUGAGCAUGCUCCAGUCAAAAGGGCCAAACUAACAGAUGACGAUGUCCUGACCAGAGUACUGAUGACCCAUAAAGCCAGCAUGAAGAGGAGGUUUGAGAGCAUAUGUGAAGGCAUCAUAAGGUCAGGGACUCAAACACUCCUGAACAAGAUCUACACAGAGCUCUACAUCACAGAGGGAGAGAGUGAAGGGGUGAAUAAUGAGCAUGAGGUUUGGCAGGUAGAGUCAGCAUCCAGGCCACAAACCACAGAAGACACAGCAAUCAACUGUAAUGACAUCUUCAAGCCCUUACCUGGACAGGAGAGACACAUCAGAACUGUGAUGACCAAAGGGAUUGCUGGCAUUGGAAAAACAGUGUCAGUGCAGAAGUUCAUCCUUGACUGGGCAGAGGAGAGAGCUAACCAGGAUGUAGAUUUCAUGUUUGUGCUUCCAUUCCGUGAGCUGAAUUUGGUCAAAAAUGAUCAGUACAGUCUUCACCGGCUCCUGCUUGACUUCCACCCUGAGCUUAGAGAGCUACAGGAUGGUGAAUACAAAGACUGCCACAUUGUGUUCAUCUUUGAUGGUCUGGAUGAGAGUCGACUUCCACUGAAUUUCCAAAAGAAUCAAAAGUUGUCUGAGGUGACACAGACAUCAUCAGUGGAUGUGCUGAUGACGAGCCUCAUCCAGGGAACUCUGCUUCCCUCUGCUCUCAUCUGGAUAACCUCCCGACCAGCAGCAACCAGUCAGAUCCCUUCUCAGUGCAUCAGUCUGGUGACAGAAGUACGAGGGUUCAAUGACCCACAGAAGGAAGAGUACUUCAGGAAGAGGAUCAGUGACCAGAAUCAAGCCAACAGAAUUGUCUCACAUAUUAAGGCAUCCAGGAGCCUUCACAUCAUGUGCCACAUGCCAGUCUUCUGUUGGAUCUCAGCCACUGUCCUUCAGCAGCUACUGGGACAGGAUGAUGGGAAAGAAGCCCCCAAAACACUGACUGAAAUGUUCAUACACUUCCUGCUUAUCCAGACCACUAGAAAGAACCAGAAGUAUCAAGAGGAAAAUGAGACAGACAGACAGAGGCUCCUGGAAUCACAUAAGGGUGUCAUAUUGAAACUGGCAGAGCUGGCUUUCAAGCAUCUGGAGAAUGGCAAUCUCAUGUUCUAUGAGGAAGACCUGAGAGAGUGUGGCAUCGAUGUCAGUGAAGCUUCAGUGUACUCUGGCAUGUGCACUGAGAUCUUCAGGGAGGAAUGUGUGUUUCACCACAAGAAGGUCUACUGCUUUGUACAUCUGAGCAUCCAGGAGUUUCUGGCAGCCAUGUUUGUGUUUCACUCUUACAUGUUAGGAAAUCGGGAGGCACUGGAAUCCUUCCUCACUAAAAAACAGAGAGACAAUCAAGCUCCCAUUCCUUUGCAUAUUCUGUUGAAGGGUGCUGUGGACAAGUCUUUGGACAGCAAGAAUGGACACCUCGACCUUUUCCUUCGCUUCCUUGUUGGCAUUUCAGUGGAGACCAACCAGGUCCUCUUACAUGGCUUGUUGACAAACACACACAGCAGCUCAGAGAGCAUCAAGAAAACAUGUAACUAUAUCAAGAUUCUCAAGAGAAAGGACCUGUCUCCUGAAAGAUGCAUCAAUCUCUUCCACUGCUUAUUUGAAAUGAAAAAUCAUUCCCUACAUGAAGAUGUUCAGAAAUAUCUCAAAUCUCCUGAUGACUUCUCAGAUGAAUUGAGACCUGCCCACUGUUCAGCACUGGCCCACAUGCUACUGAUGUCUGAGGAGGUGCUGGAUGAGUUUGACUUGAGCAAAUACAAAACAUCAGAGGAGGGAUGGAGGAGACUGGUGCCAGUUGUGAGAUGCUGCAGGAAGGCUCUACUUGUUGGCUGCAAGCUAACAGACAAGUCCUGUGAAAUUGUGGCCUCAGCUCUACAGUCUUCAAAUUCCCCUUUAAGAGAGCUAGACCUGAGGUAUAAUGACCUACAGAAGUCAGGAGGAAAACUGCUCUCUGCUCUUCAGAGUCCAAACUGCAAACUGCAGAUACUGAGACUCAAUCUGUGCCACCUCUCUAAAGCAAGCUGUGAAAUGAUGGCAUCCGUGCUGCAAAGUGCACCUUCCCAUCUGAGAGAACUGGACAUGAGUGACAAUGACCUGCAGGAUGAAGGAGUGGAGCUGCUCUGUGCAGGACUAAGAGAUCCACAAUGCAAGCUGGAGACACUGAGACUGUCUGGUUGUCUCAUCACACAUGAGGGCUGUUCUCUCUUGUCCUCUGCCCUCAAAUCAAACCCCUCCUACCUGAAACAGCUGGAUCUGAGCUACAAUCACCCAGGAGACUCAGGUGUCAGAGAGCUCACAGACAGACUGAAUGAUCCCAGCUGUAAACUAGAGACGUUGAGGUGAGAUGUAUUACAUCUUAGAUGUCUUUCUAGUGGAGCUGUUCAUCCAUUUGUGUCCUGUGUUGGAGAGCUUUCUGUGUGGAGACUGGAUAUUCUGUCACAUUUCCAGAUGA